AGAAGCGUUUUUUCGAGAAAAAGGAAGCGUUUUUUUCUUUAAUCUCACAGGAGCUCGCGGAUUUUGGCUGCCGCGUGUAUAAAUGCUCCCGGACGCCUCCUCCCUCCUCCUCCUCCUCGCCGUGCUCCUCACACCGCACCACACCACGUCUCCUCCUCCAUUGCUGCGCCGCGCCGGCGACGACGCGACGACGGUCACGACGCGCUGAGAGGUUUGUUGGUGGUGGCGGCGAGAUGUUGGAGAAGAAGGCGACGAGGAGUACUAGGGUGGAUGGGGUGAGCGGCGAGGCGGUGAUCGAGGAGUUCGAGCGGGUGACGCGCGACGCGGCCAAUGUGCAGCGGGAGACGCUGCGGCGGAUCCUCGCCGAGAACGGCGGCGUCGAGUACCUCCGGGGGCUGGGCCUCGCCGGCGCCACCGACCCGGCCACCUUCCGCGCGCGCGUCCCGCUCGCCACCCACGCCGACCUCGAGCCCUACAUUGACCGCAUCGCCGACGGCGACGCCUCCCCCGUCCUCACCGCCAAGCCCGCCACCUCCAUCUCCCUCAGCUCCGGCACGACGCAGGGGAAGCGCAAGUACCUGCUAUUCAACGAGGAGCUCGUCAAGUCCACGAUGCAGAUAUACCGGAUCUCCUACGCGUUCCGGAACAGGGAGUUUCCGGUGGAGAACGGGAAGGCGCUGCAGUUCAUCUACAGCAGCAGGGAGACGAGGACGAAGGGGGGGCUUACGGCGACGACGGCGACGACGAACGUGUACCGGAGCGAGGAGUUCAAGGCGACGAUGAGGGACAUCCAGUCGCAGUGCUGCAGCCCCGACGAGGUGAUCUUCGGCCCGGACUUCGCGCAGUCGCUCUACUGCCACCUCCUCGCCGGCCUCCUCGCCGCCGGCGACGUGCAGAUCGUGUCCGCCACCUUCGCCCACAGCGUCGUCCUCGCGUUCCAGACGUUCGAGCGCGCCUGGGAGGACCUCUGCGCCGACAUCCGCCGCGGCGAGGUGUCGCCGUCGCGGGUCACCUCGCCGGCCGUCCGCCGCGCCAUGGCGGCGCUCCUCGCCGCGCCCAACCCGGGCCUCGCCGACGAGGUCGCCCGCAAGUGCGCCGCCCUGAGCAACUGGUACGGCGUCAUCCCGGCGCUGUGGCCCAACGCCAGGUACGUGUACGGCAUCAUGACGGGGUCCAUGGAGCACUACGUCAAGAAGCUCCGCCACUACGCCGGCGGCCUGCCGCUCGUCGCCGCCGAGUACGGCGCCUCCGAGGGGUGGGUCGGCGCCAACGUCGAGCCCGGGACGCCGCCGGAGCGCGCCACCUUCACCGUGCUCCCCGACAUCGCCUACUUCGAGUUCAUCCCCCUCAAGCCCGUCGCCGGCGACGGCGGCUACGCCGAGGCGGAGCCCGUCGGCCUCACGGAGGUCGCCGCCGGCGAGCUCUACGAGGUCGUCAUGACCACCUUCGCAGAGGAGACGACGACGAAGAAUUCUUCUGUGGUCAUGUCAGGUAAUCGGAUAAGAAUCGGUGACAGGCUACCCGGCACAGCCCAAGUGGGAAGCAGGGCUUUACCGGUAUCGGCUGGGGGACGUGGUGAAGGUGGCAGGGUUCUACAACGCGACGCCCAAGCUCAAGUUCGUGUGCAGGAGGAACCUGAUGCUGUCGAUCAACAUCGACAAGAACAGCGAGCAGGACCUGCAGCUGGCGGUGGACGCGGCGGCGAGGGCGGUGCUCGCCGGCGAGAAGCUGGAGGUGGUGGACUACACCAGCCACGCCGACGUGUCGUCGGACCCGGGCCACUACGUCGUCUUCCUGGAGCUCAACGCCGCCGACCCCGCCGCCGUCGACGGCGACGUGAUGCAGGCCUGCUGCGACGAGCUGGACAGGGCGUUCGCCGACGCCGGCUACGUCGGGUCGAGGAAGUCCGGCGCCAUCGCCCCGCUCGAGCUCCGCGUGCUGCAGCGUGGAACCUUCCAGAAGGUUCUCCGCCACUACCUCUCCCUCGGCGCCCCCGUCAGCCAGUUCAAGUCCCCCCGCUGCGUCUCCCGCUCCAACUCCGGCGUCCUCCAGAUCCUCGCCGGCUGCACCGUCAACGUCUUCUUCAGCUCCGCCUACGACUGAUCAUCCAAUCAAAUUAACUAUCGAUCGACGAUCGAUCGACAGUAGUAGUUCAUGCAGAAGGGGAUCGAAUUGCAAACCAAAGACGCAAAGUGUGAUUGAUGAUGAUGAACUGGGCAUGCAAUGUGCAAGCUAGCUGUAGUGACAGAGAUGAGGUUGUAGCUAGAGCAUGCAAGAUGCAGUGGUCACCAUGUUUCGCCAGAAAGGGGAUAAGGAAUUAAUUCAGCAUCAGAUUACUGCCGUAGCCUGUAGUAAUCUGCAUGCAGAAUUUGCAGGUGCCGAGUGAAUUAAUUAGGAUUGGUACGUAGUGUUGCACCUGUGACCAGUUGAGUUGAUCAAGUGGCCACCGGCCAAAAGUAUGUGUCAUAUAGUAUUAGUGUUUACCUAUCUACCAUGAAUGCAUGUGGCCUCCUGUUGAUGAUGUCCCAGCAUCAAAUAAACCCUUGGCUGAUAAUGUCUGCAAGUUA